CACGAUUUCGAAUCAGAAUCGAAAGAGAGAGAGACGGCGGUGGUCACCGGGUAUAUGAGAGAGCGCUAGGGGAACACGUCAGCUCAACCUGCACUGCACGAACCUUGCUUUUGACAUCGGCGGAGUGUGCGUGCCAGUGGAAAGGUAAGAUGGCGGCGGACGGAGAUCUGAUCCCCGAUCAAGAAAAAGUACGAAUAGUUUCGGAUUUUAUACUCCACUCGCCACCGGGCGAGUUCAACGAGGUUUUCAACGAUGUCAGGGUCUUGUUGAACAACGACAACCUGUUGAAGGAAGGCGCGUCCGGGGCAUUCGCUCAAUACAACAAGGAUCAGCUCACGCCUGUUAAGAUAGAGGGAAGCGAUUAUCCAGCACUUAUAACAGAACAUAACGACUUGGGAGGCCAAAGGUUUUAUGAUUCGCGUAGUAAGCAAAGUUUCAAGUAUGAUCACCUUAGAAAAGAAGCGCAGGAUUAUGAACCCUAUGAGCCAGAUCCUGUAGCUGAACCUUGGAGAUCGGUUUUACAAGAUGAGAUAACGACUUAUACCCAAAAUCAUUAUAGACAUGGUGCAUGUGCGGUUUUUGGAAGAAGCCAAGGAGGUAAUAUAACGCUGACUGCAUGUAUAGAAGAUCAUCAAUUUCAACCUAAAAAUUUUUGGAACGGUCGUUGGCGUUCUGUAUGGACUGUAAGUUUCAGUCCAAGUUCUGGAAGUGCAGAAUUAAGAGGUAGCCUUAAAGUACAAGUUCAUUAUUAUGAAGAUGGAAAUGUACAAUUGGUCAGUAGCAAAGAAGUAAGAGAAAGCUUAUCGAUCUCGAACGAGAAACAAACUGCCAAGGAGUUGAUCCGACUAGUUGAGGAUUCAGAGAAUGACUAUCAAACUGCGAUUUCGGAAAAUUAUCAAACAAUGUCUGACACAACCUUCAAGGCCUUGCGAAGGCAAUUACCUGUUAUGCGAACAAAAAUUGACUGGAACAAAAUUGUAUCGUACAGUAUUGGCAAAGAGCUUAAAAGUCAAUAGAAAUAGAUUUUUUUAUAUAAUAUUAAGAGAAAUAAUUGAAAAGCGCAUUUUGCUGCAUGGGUGAAGUCUGGACGUGUGAUGUGCGCGGGGGCAAAUACAAUAGUAUGAAACAACAAUAUUCUGUUAGAUAUAUAUUUGACUGAAACUCAUGCAUGCUACUCAAGGUUCCUCUAGAUCUCUGUUACUUGCGGUUGCUAUAAGAGGCAAUGAAAUUCUGUUUUUAUGACAUUACCAUGUAUUUUAAGUUUUAGGAAAAUUUUACAUAUAGAAUGUAAAAAUUCUUGAUUAAACUUUUAUUUUCUUUAUCAUAUAUAUGCAGAUAAUUGGGACGAAAUAUAUUUCCACUAUCGCACGUUUUCAUUCUGAUUGGAUAAAUAAAAGAUGAUAGAAGAAAAUAUACGUAAAUCUAUUGAAUGACCAUAUUAGUCUGUGAUGAGAGUUUAUUAUGCGUAAUAUUAGACUUCGAAAAACAAUUUAUAAUCGAUAUUCGUAUUAAUGAGGUAAAGGGGACCCUUGAUUUUGUGUUGCUUGAUUUUGUGAAUAUUAUUAUUAAAAAGAUAAAAAUAUAGGGACUGUGCAAAUUACAAUAUUGCAUGGUAUAAAGAAAAAGA